UGAUGAAGGAGGGUCGGCUGCACAUUCAGGAUCGGCUGGUGGACCUCAGCAACAAGCCAAUAGACGCCUUUGUCAGCUUCGACGUGAGCUACCAGAGUCCGGACGAUGAGGCAGGCAACUUCGAAUCGUCACACGUGGUCAAAAGUCUACACCAGCGGUCCAGCAGUAUCGACGACGACCGGCAGAUGCUGCUGGAUAUCGAGCAAAACAUUGCCAACCUGGAGAAAAGUCUGAAGGGGGAAAGUGCAGCCGGGCGGGCUUCCUUUUCCGGCACUAAUGCUGCUACGUCGUCUACCGGCAACGGUGGCGCCAGUGGUAGUAGCAAACCGAACAUCCUAAAACGAGUCAUGUCCUCCGGAUCAACGUCACUACACGAGAAGAGUCAACAGCCGGUUAAAUAUGAUCGAGCUUCCUCGGAUAACGAAUCCUCCACGAAACCGGCGCGAUCGAUGGCGGAAAAGAAAGUCACGCUGAGGACGGUUCGGAACUUUAUGAAGCUCGGUCGCUCCCGGCAUCCGUCGAAGGAAAGCCGCGGCGACAGUAGCACCGAGGACGAGGGACGAUCGUUGAUAACUGAUUCCGAGGAUGCCUUAGGAGGUCCGGCCAGUUCCGGAGCGCACAGUAACCGCACGCACACAAACAAUCCGUCACCGGCGGUAACCAGUCCGAGUACGACCGGAGGAACGACGCAACCGGGCUACGAAAACCUCUCGCAAACGGGUAGCGUACAAUCGAAUGCUUCCAGUGAUGGGGAGGAGAACACCAACAACGAGAAGCUGAAGAAAAUUAAAAACUUGGCCAAAUGCAACGAUCACCUCAAGUCGCAGGACUUCCAAGUGUGCGUAACGAUCAUCGAAGCUAGGCAGCUGCCAGGAUUGAACAUGGAUCCCGUCGUCUGCAUCCAAGUAGGCGAUCAGAAGAAGUACACCAGCGUCAAAGAGAGCACCAACUGUCCCUACUAUAACGAGUAUUUCGUGUUUGACUUUCACAUGCCUCCAGUGAUGUUGUUCGACAAAAUCAUUACCCUAUCUGUGAUACACUCACGAAAAUUUAUGCGCUCCGGAACGGUGGUCGGUUCGUUCAAAAUCGACCUGAAAACGGUGUACGACGCUCUGGACCAUCAGUUCUACCACAAAUGGGCACUGUUGACCGAUCCGGAGGAUUUAGUUUCCGGUCCGAAGGGUUACCUGAAAUGUGACGUCGGCAUCAUUGGCAAAGGUGACACGGUGAAAGUUCCUCCCAAAUCCGAAAAGGAUCCCGAUGAUAUCGAGGCCAACCUUCUACUUCCGGAUGGAGUUCCCAUCGAGCGGCAGCGAGCCAAGUUCAUCGUCAAAAUCUACCGAGCCGAUGGUCUUCCGCGGAUGAACUCGUCCAUCAUGGCGAACGUUAAGCGGGCUUUCACUGGUGAGACCAAGGAUCUUGUUGACCCUUACGUGCAAAUUUCCUUCGCCGGACUAUCCGGCAAAUCCAGCGUCAAGAAAGCCUCCUACAAUCCAGUUUGGAACGAGCAGCUAGUGUUCACGGAGAUGUUUCCACCCCUCUGCCAACGGAUCAAAAUUCAACUGCGGGACGCAGAUCCUAUGAAGCCUUCCAUCAUCGGAACGCAUUACAUCGACCUAAAGCAGAUCUCCAACGAUGGCGAGAAAGGAUUCCUUCCCACGUACGGUCCUUCGUUUGUGCACCUGUACGGAUCGACCAGGGAUUACAACCUGCUGGACGCGAACACCAAUCUCAACACUGGUCUCGGGGAAGGGGUCAGCUACCGUGCACGUCUUCUAAUAGCCAUUCGAACCGAGAUCACCGAUAAUAUCGAGCUGCUUACGGAUAAAAAUGUGGAGCUCGAAACAACGCUACCCAUCUCCGAGUCAUCGUACUGCAAAAACGAUGACUUCUUCCUGUUCGGCAGCGUCCUGGAAGCGUCGAUGAUCGACAAAAAGGUUUGCGACCGGCCGGUUUACUUCGAGCUGAGCAUCGGCAAUGCCGGCAAUUCGCUGGACGGACACAACGAAAGUGCGGCCAACCUGAGCGAUGAAGAUGAGCUGGAAGCCGUGGAUACGACCUCGUUCAGUAGUACUACAAGUGCCUCGAAGCCGAUCUCGCACGAUAAGAACCACUUCUUCCUGCCGUACUGGGACAACAAGCCGUGUAUGGAUGUGCGGUGUUCGUUUCCGGAUCUACGGCGGCGGAUGUACAACAGUAACAUGAUCGCGAAAAUUACCGAUCGCAUGGAGAUUGGGUUGGCGGAGACUAAUUUGCUGAUUGAAGACGAGGACCCUACGGCGGAAGUGAAGUUGCGGGCGGUGCUGGAGGAGGUAGCCACCAGUUGUAAUCGGUACGUGACGAUAACGAAGGGAGCGCUGGUUGGUCCCGGUACGGGAAAGACAAAGCUGGACAAGGAACGGAUGAAGCUUUGUCUGCGGGAGGUGGAAUCGAUUGGGAACAUGUCGCGGAACUUGCGAGCUUUGGUUACGAAGAGUUCGAUGAAGGAACGGUACAAAACGGCACAGACCUAUUUCAGUAAGCUGCGGUUUUUGGUGGAUGAUCCGCAGCAUGCGUUACCGGAUGUGUUCAUCUGGAUGAUUGCGAAUGGGAAAAGGGUCGCAUAUCAUCGGAUACGGGCAAGGGAUCUGAUCUAUUCGACGACGGAGGAAGAAAAUGGGAUAUACUGCGCGAAAGUACAGACGAUUUUUCUGAAGUUACCGGGGAAGCUGUCGGAAGGCCCAGCUGGCUGGCAGGUUCGGGCGAAGUUACACAUCUACCUCUGGUUGGGAGUGUUGAAGCACAAGAAAUCAUUUUUCUCCGGGCUUCCUCGUGGCUUUGAACUUUCGUACGAACUGAAAAAUUCCGAUAAACCGAACGUCCCCGCACCGUCGGAUAUUCGGUAUGUGGAGAAACACGUAUUCCAGAUGCGAUCGCACGUCUACCAGGCUCGAUCGUUGAUUGGCUCGGAUGCGUCCGGGUUGAGCGAUCCGUACGCUAUCGUCUACGUGACGGAAUUUUCGAGAACGACACAGGUGAUCGAGGAGACACUGAGUCCGACUUGGGACGAAUUGCUGCUGUUCGAUGAGAUUGUGAUAUACGGAGCGAAGGACGAAAUCAAGAAAGACCCACCGACGAUUGUGAUAGAUAUCUACGAUCAGGACAAGGUCGGCAAGUCCGAGUUCAUCGGUAGGGCCGUGGCCAAGCCCAGAAUUAAGCUGAAAGACAAUCACUAUUCGAAUCCGGUUCUGGAGUGGUUCGAAGUCGUCCGGGGACUGGACAAUGCGGGGGAGCUGUUGGCUGCCUUCGAAAUGCUGGAGCUAGGUUCGGAUGAUAUUCCACGGCUAACGGAUCCGAAGUAUAUUGCAACCGAGUUUCGAGGAGAUAAAAUGGGACCUUCAACGAUGACGAUUCUUCCGGUGCCGCGGGAGGUACGACCGAAUCUCGCACGCUUCCGAAUCGAGGUUCUGUUUUGGGGGUUGCGCGAUGUGAAGCGGGUUCAUUUUAUGACCGUGGAUAAGCCUAGAAUCGAUAUCGAGUGUUCCGGGAAGAUCCUGAACUCCAGCAUAAUUCAGAAUGCGAAAAAGAAUCCUAACUUUUCCAACAUGCUCAAGUUUUUGGAUCUGGAACUCCCACUGGAGGAGCGAUACGCUCCACCUAUCACGAUUCGAGCCGUUGAUUGUAGGUCCUUUGGGCGGUACACUUUGGUUGGUACCCAUCAAAUAACCUCGAUCCACAAGUAUAUGCACCGAGCUCCACCGAAGGAUGAAACUAGACGCAUGAACCAGUGUGGCCAGAUAGUGCUAUCGAAUAAGCAGAACGACUUGAUGACGAUGAACACCAACUUGCCCAAUGAGAGUUCCAUGAUGAAGUCCAUAUCCGGGGACAGUCUCACCUUGUACGGAGCAGCCUGCGUUAGUAAGAUUGCCAAAGGCAAAAAGACCAAGAAAAAGCUAGAACACGAGGACACCUUCGACACGGAUGACGAUGACGAAUCGAGCAAAGAUUGGUGGACUAAAUAUUUCCUCUCGUACGAGAAGCUAAUAGAAUCAUCCAAACCAUCAGCAAGUUUUCGAGGCUUGGAAAACCACGUGGCAGUAGCCACCGAAGGUGGUAAAAAACUUGGCGUUAAAACCUCGAAGCUCGUGUCAAAAUUAAGUCCAAAAUCGACUCCGAAAAAGAUAGUCAACCCGAACACCGCUACCUGCCAAAUCUACCCCGGUGAGUUGGAGUCCCUCCCGGAGUACAAUAACUUCAAAGAGUGGCUACUAUCGUUCCCGCUGUACCGCGGUAAGAAAACCGGCGACAGUACCGAAGACGAGAACCGAAUCGUAGGGUUCUUCAAGGGAGCGAUCAAGGUGUACAAACUGCCGAUCGAGAAGGGUAUGGAACCGGCAUUCGCGCCAACCCUUCCCCUGAACGACCCCAUCCACGUGCUGGUUCGGGUGUACGUUGUGAAAGCGACCGAUCUGCAUCCGAUGGAUCUGAAUGGAAAGGCAGAUCCGUACGUGGUGCUACAGCUGGGCAGUAAGCGAGUCUCGGACAAGGAGAACUACGUUAGCAAACAGCUGAAUCCGGUUUUUGGCAAGUGUUUUGAAAUCGAAGCAACGUUCCCGCAGGAUUCGAUGCUUACGGUGCAGAUAUACGACUGGGAUCUGGUGGGAUCGGAUGAUUUGAUUGGUGAGACUAGGAUCGAUCUGGAGAAUCGGUUCUACAGCAAGCAUCGGGCGUUGUGCGGUAUUGCCGCACGCUACGAAGACACGGGUUACAACCAGUGGCGCGAUCCGAUGAAACCAACGCAGAUAUUGACGAAGUUAUGCAAGGAAAACAAACUGGAACCACCGCAGUACCUGCAGGAUCGGGUCACAAUUGGAAGGUACUGUUUUACUUUUACCAAUGAAGAAAUUCAACCGUGGAACAGUCCAACGACUUGCAAGUUUCGGGAUGAACACCUAGCACUGGCCGUUCUGCAUCGAUGGGAAGAGGUUCCUCGAGUUGGUUGUAAGAUCGUCCCUGAACACAUCGAGUCUCGAUCGCUGUAUAGCAGCGACAAGCCCGGAAUUGAACAGGGUAAGCUGGAGAUGUGGGUCGACAUGUUUCCAAUGGAUAUGCCUCUACCGGGACCUCCCGUCGACAUUUCUCCUCGGAAGCCGAAAUCGUACGAGCUGCGGAUCGUUAUCUGGAAUACGGACGACGUUGUACUGGAAGAUGAUGCCUUCUUUACCGGCGAGAAAAUGUCCGAUAUCUACGUGAAAGGCUGGCUAACCGGUCCCCAGGACAUCCAAGCUACGGACAUUCACUACCGCUCGCUGACCGGCGAAGGCAACUUCAACUGGCGGUUUAUCUAUCCCUUCGAUUACCUAGCGGCGGAAGAGCGGAUAGUACUGUCUCGUAAAGAGUCACUGUUUAGUUGGGAUGAAACCGAGGUUAAGAUCCCCGCCCGGCUAGAACUACAAGUCUGGGACGCGGACCACUUCUCCGCAGACGACUUCCUGGGGGCGAUCUCGCUGAAUUUGAACCGCUUCCCGCGGGGGGCGAAGUCUUCCAAACUGUGCACCCUGGAGAUGCUUAAGACCGAUAACGUCCCGAUGGUGAAUAUCUUCAAGCAGAAACGGGUUCGCGGCUGGUGGCCGUUUUUUAUUAAGAAGGAAAAUGACGAGAUGGAGCUGACCGGGAAGGUGGAAGCGGAGAUUCAUCUGCUGACGAAGGAAGAGGCGGAGAAGAAUCCGGCCGGGUACGGCAGGAACGAACCGGAUCCGCUGGAGAAGCCCAACCGACCGGAUGCAUCGUUCAUGUGGUUCCUAAAUCCGCUCAAAUCGAUCCGGUACAUCGUCUGGCACAACUACAAGUGGCGUAUCAUCAAGGGUCUCAUCAUCAUCGGGCUGGCCAUCCUGCUGCUGCUGUUCUUCUACGCCAUUCCGGGCUACUCGGUGAAGAAAAUGCUUGGAGCGUAAUCGAGUGGUUCCACUUCGAUUAUAUUAUUCAUCUUCGUCAGCUGUAAACAAGACUGUUGCUUUUUCCCGGAAUCCGAGCGGAAUUUACCCAACCCAAGCGCGGGAGCUCGAGAUAGAUUUUUGUUUUGAUUUUGCUAAGAAAAAGUAGAAGUGAUUGACAUCGAAUCGUUUUGCAUAUCAGUAUUAGACCACCAAGAAAAACAAGAUUUUAACAUUGUAGUUUGGAAUUUUAGAUCUAAUCGCUCUGGAAAACAAAUAGUUGAAUGUAGCCCAAUUUAUCGUGUAAAUAGAAAAGAUCUCUUUUCCAAGUAUUUAUUACAACAUUCUUUUAAGCUAAACACAACAUAAGAUUUCCAUAUUGUUACAAUCAAAUGUAUUUAUUCUAAAACUCAAGUUGGUGAAAAUCAUCAAAGAAACAAAUAUUUUCCUCGACCUUUUCCAAACUGUGAGCGGGCUCUUUACUAGCGAUUGUAGUUAGAAAAAGUGUAUAAAACUCACACAUACACGCGCACACAAACAGACAAGUACAGAGACCCUGUCACACACACCAUUGUGAAGUAUCCCUCAUAUCAGCUCAAAUCACGAGCUUCGAUUCAGACCAAUCAAAAUAGCAGCUAUUUAUUUAUAUACAAUUAUUGUAAAACACAACUUACCCACAGAUACUAUUAUGGUAAACAAAUGAGAAAAGACACCCACCCGGAACAUUGGAAUGUAAAUGGAAUUUCCAGUCGUAUGUAGGCGUGAUAGUCAUAAGCUGAUUGUUAUUGUUAGAAUACUUUUCUGUUGGUUAAAUUAUUUGCUGCAAAGACAGAUCUUUUAAAUAAAUUUUAACUCUAGUUAAUGGGAAUAUGUCAAAAAAUAAUCACAACUCGAAUCUUUUCUAUAACAACAAACAAAACAUUUAAGCCUUGACGAAUUGAAAGAUUGCUCUAUUCCUGUUAUGAACUGAAACGUUUAAAGUUGUGUUCUGUUUUAGGUUAGCAUCUCUCCAAUCUUUUUGACGCUAAGGGUUUUUGCCUACGACAUUCUGUAUUUUUUGCUAUAAAUGUACAUUUCUCCAAGUUUGAUCAAAUUAUUUGAGCUUGUUCAAUACGAAUCAAUCAUUUUUUCGACUUAGGCAAGUCAAGGAUGAGCAAAGAUGAAUUUACUGAACUGUCAAAAUCAGAUCGAUCCAAGCAGGCACUGACGAUGGCUAUCGCUACCUAAAAAAUACGGAGAAUCUGCCAGCAUGUUGUUAACUUAUUUGAUUUGAUUCUUUGCUCAUCUCUGAACUAAAAUAAUUCUUGAAAAAACAGUAGCUACGCUCAUAUAUAUUCUUAAGCAUUCCACAAACGACUAAAGAUUCUAAUAUUCAACGGUCUCUCUCCAAUUUACAACCUAACGCAUGAAUGUCAACACCAAACACGGAAAGCAUUCCUCGAAGAAAAAAGAUUUAGCCACCUUGUUGAAAUUUUAAAGUAUAAAGAAGGAUUUUUCUCUAUAAAUCAAAUAGCGAAACAUAAUUUGUUACUUAAACUAAGAUAUUCAACAUUUUAACAUACACGAACACAUCUACACAGACAAGACAAAAAAAUAAAUUGAACUAUGAAACGCAACCCA